UGGUUAUUGAAGAUGAUAGAAUUGAUGACGUGCUGCAAAAUCUCUCCGAAAAGGCCCCUCCCGGUGUUUAA